AUGCUCUGCUCGGGGAUGCGGCUGGGUGAGAUUGUCAGUGAUCUUCGUAGAGGCGCUACUCUUUUUCUUCACUGUGCUAUCUUCAAUGCCACAUUUGCGCUAGUACUCGUGGUUGCGGCAAAGCCUGAGCUGGCAAACUGCAGUCAUGCAGGUCUUCCAUUCGUGCGAAGAAUUGAUGCUAUUCCGUUGUCAAACUUCGGCCGCCCUGGGUUGUCUCACGCUACAAUUGCGGGCCAUGUUCACCAUGGUACGCAAGAGGUAGAAGUAUGGAUGCAGACCUUUGCCCCUGGAAGUGGAACUCCCAUUCACAGACAUGGAUGUGAGGAGCUGUUCGUAGUCCUCAACGGUACAGGGAAGCUGCUGUUUGCACCAGAUGUCCCUGAUCUUGAUGCACAAGGCACAAUGCAGGCUCCAGAAAGGGAAAAGGAGCAAAGCAUACCAGGCUUCCCUGUUUCUAGACCCAUAGGUGCCAACAUGACCUUCAUGGUGCCUUCGAAUCAAGUCCAUCAGAUCCUGAACAGCUCUCCCGAAUGUGGCUCAGAGUCCUGCAACUUGCUGCAGCUUCUAGUCAUCAUAUCUGAACCUCCAAUCCAUGUAUAUGCCUACAACUCAUGGGAUCUUCCACAUAGGCAGGCUGUUCUCAAGUUCCCAUACCCGUGGGAUCAAGUGUGUCCUGAUGCAAUUCCUCAGUACUCCGUGCUCCGAUGA